CUCCUCCGCCGCAGUUAAAUGGCGGCAACCGCGGACUUCCGCCGCCUCAAAUUCGUUUCAUCCGGAAACACUCCCAACCGCCGCCCCUACGCCACUAAUUUUACUGCCCCGAUUUCAUUUAGCGUAAACAAAUUCGAAUUUCAAUUCCACCCUAGAAAUUACUUAUCCACCGGUAAAUUCGAUUUUUUGCACCACAAACGGCGUCGUAGUAGGUUGGGGGUCUGCUGCCAGGCCGCCGGCGCUGGUGUUCAACCCCGUUCUGCCGCUUCCGAGAAGGACCUUGCACUCACCGCUCGUGCGGGGAAAGACCGCCUAUUGAAGGUGGCUUCGUCGAAUAUAAGGAACUUCUGCAUUAUAGCACACAUUGACCACGGAAAAUCGACACUGGCGGACAAGCUGCUUCAGAUGACUGGGACAGUAGAAAACAGAGAUAUGAAGGAGCAGUUUCUCGAUAAUAUGGACUUGGAGAGAGAAAGAGGCAUCACCAUCAAAUUACAGGCUGCAAGGAUGCGUUUUAUGUAUAACAAUGAACCAUAUUGCCUGAAUCUUAUUGAUACACCUGGUCAUGUUGACUUCUCCUAUGAGGUUUCUCGCUCUCUUGCCGCCUGUGAGGGUGCUCUUCUUGUUGUAGAUGCCUCCCAGGGAGUGGAGGCCCAAACAUUGGCUAAUGUUUAUUUGGCCUUGGAAAACAACCUUGAAAUUAUUCCAGUUCUGAACAAGAUAGAUCUUCCAGGUGCUGAGCCAGAACGUGUUGCAGGAGAAAUAGAAGAGUUGGGUUUAUAUAGAUGUGUUGAACUUCUCGCCAUGCGAUAUUUAUUAAUAUGUUAUUUUCACUGA